AUGAUCCAGCGGAAGCGGAUGCUUUUUUUGCUUUCAUGGCUGUGCUUGUACAAAACGGCAGCCAUUGUGCCUAUCCAGACUUCCAAGACCCAGGCGGCGAACAUUCCGCUAUCCUUGCGAGGUGGUUCCAUGUCUAUGGAUGAUGACGACAACUCUUCAGGUUCAGCAAUAAUUCGGGUAGCAUAUCAAGGGGAGCCAGGGGCCUAUUCUGAAAAGGCCACAAGAGAAUUGCUGGGUCCCAAUGUCUUUGCGGUGGGAAGACCGAGUUUUGAAGCUGCCUUCCGAGCUGUGGCGCUAAUGGAAUGCGACUAUGCAUGCCUUCCUAUUGAAAACUCUCUAGGUGGAAGCAUUCACGAGAAUUACGAUCUCAUGCUGAGAUAUCAACUGACAAUCAUUGGAGAGCACGAGUUUCGUGUGAAGCAUUGUCUUUUGGCCAAACCCGGCGUCAAACGAGAAUCCAUCAAAUAUGCCAUAUCCCACCCCCAGGCACUGGCUCAAUGCGCCAAUUUUCUGAGGGGCCUUGGCAUCACACCAAUAGCAACCUAUGAUACAGCUGGAUCCGCCAAAAUGAUUUCUGAGGGGCUCGAGCUACCUGAGAAUUGCACCCCUGAAAAUACUGCGGCUAUUGCAUCUGAUCUUGCAGGAAACAUUUACAAACUGAACUGUUUAAACAAAGGGAUAGAGGACGACGAUACCAACUUUACCCGCUUCUUAUUGUUGGCGAGGAAAGACGUUGUACAGUUUUUGAACAAGAAAAUCCCGUCCAAGACCUCUAUUGUCUUUGCGUUGCCAGAUUCGCCGGGAGCCCUCUACAAAGCACUUGCUUGCUUUUCUCUCCGGGAUAUCGAUUGUACCAAGAUCGAGAGCCGACCAACGUCAGCGUCACUGCUAAACUAUUUGAAGUUCAAGAGCCAACAGCUGGGUCGCAAGUCUCGUAACGCUGCUGCAUUGCCUCGCUUCCGAUAUUGCUUCUACUUGGACUUUACGGCUGCAGAGUUAGACGAAAACACUCAAAACGCCUUGUCACACUUGAGAGAACAAGCUGAUUUCUUAAGGAUCCUUGGUUCCUACCCGGUCAAGUCCAAGUUGGUGGGUCCGGUCGCCAGCGCAGUCAAGAGACUAAAAUUGAUAGAGGUUGACCCAAAGAGCGCAUCAGUAUCAACGCUCCCAAGCGACAUGGAGGGCAACAAGCCCUUGAACAUUGGAAUCAUUGGCUUUGGUAGCUACGGUCAAUUUCUGGCUCGAAGGAUGACUCGAAACAAUCGCGUUACUGCGCUGGACAUCCUCGACAAGUCUGCUGAGGCCAAGAAUCUCGGUGUCGAGUUUUAUCCACAUUAUGAAAUGUCCAGCUUCCUAACCGGCUUGGAUGUUGUCAUUUUCGCAGUUCCAAUGAUCAAGUUUGAAGAUGUCAUUCGUGGUCUGCCAGCAGACUUAUUCCGAAAGGUUCUGGUGGUAGAUGUGUGUCCGUUGAACUCUCAUCCCAAGGAAGUGUUGUUGAGGGUGUUCGGUGACCGUCCUGACAUUGAUAUUCUCAGCUCGCAUCCAAUGUUUGGCCCGGUGGACAUGACGGGAGGAAAACGCGGCGACGGGGUGGUGGUUGAUGAUUCGUACUCGGCUUCCGUCUGGGAUGGUCGUCCCAUGGUGUACGAGAAGGUACGGAUCUCAGAUGUCCCGCGAUGUGAACGGUAUCUCCAGAUAUUUGCAGAUGCUCGAUGCCGACUUGUUGAGAUGAACGCGGAGCAACACGAUGCUUCCAUCGCAGACGCAGAAUUUGUGACCCAUCUCAUGGGUCGGUUGCUCGUGGAUAAGGAGCUCUUGCCACCCUCACCCGUGGUGUCCAAGGAAUAUGCAGCACUUUGUGACGUUGCAGAUAUGACAUCGGGCGAUUCCUUCGACCUCUUCUUUGGAAUGUACAAAUUCAACACGAAUGCACGGAUGCACUUGACAAAAAUGCGAGAAAACUUGGCACAACUGGAACGACAACUUGCUGAAAAGGAGGCGUACAUAGCCGCCACCAAAGAGAUGCAGAAUAGCGACCGUCAAAGGCUGAUAGCCGAAACAAAGCUAUUACUCAAGGAGAUUGCGAUGAAUGGAGAGUUGGAUGGUGGCUUGCGCCAAUCGAAGCCUGCACCAGAGACCCCUGAACCAGAGAAGAAAUCUACAACGAGUAAAAAGUAG